AUGAAAGCAAUCGUAAUUGUAGUUCUCUUGGCUCUCACAUAUGCUGCUGAUCCAGAAUAAUGCUUGAAAGACAGAUGCCCAAAUGAAUAUGCUGCAUGCUAAAAGGAAGUUUUUGGAUGUGCUUCUGCAGCAAUGAAAUGCAAAAACUAAUGUGGAGGUGAAGAUGCUGAAUGCAUGUAUAACUGUUCUGUGGCCUCAAAGAACGCCAAAUUGAUAGCAUUGGCUGAAUGUGGACAUGAAAAAUGUUAAGAUGUUGCACUAUCAUUUUGUGAUGUUGAAGAAUGCGUUGCUUCUUUCAAGAGUGAAUGCGCAUAGAAUUUGGGAUUACAAUCAUUCUAAUGUGCUUCAACCUUCUUUGAGAGACAUCCAGAAUGUUCAUGCGUACUGAGCUCUGAGGAAAAAAUAAAUUUAAAGGAUAUAAGCAUAGAAUAUGAUAUUUAUGCAUGUAUCUAUUAAUUUUUUUGCUUGGAUUUUCUUCAUAACGUCACCGGGAUUUAUAUAAAAAAUCUUAUAAUUAAUAAUGUGUUAUUAAAAUUAAUGAAAGCACUCUUAUUCAUUGUUCUUUUGGCCUUUGCUGUUGCUUAAGAUGACCCAGUAGAAUUAUGUGUUAGAGAAAAAUGCCCAGAUGAAGUAGCUGCUUGUGAAAAGAAUGCCUUCUGUGCUAUUGCUGCAACAAAUUGCUCAAACAAAUGCGCAGCUGAUUAUGACUGUUUGAUCGAUUGUUCUAACAAAUCAGGAAAUAAAUUACUUAUUGCAUUGAGCAAAUGCGGUAAAGCCAACUGUUACCCAUCAUUCUAAUUCUCAACUGGUUGUGAUGUUGCUGCUUGUGCUGCUGUCUUGAGAGAAGAAUGCCUUGAUUCCAAUUCUCUUUCCAGCUUCUCAUGCGCCUUUGGCUUCUUCGAAAGACAUCCAGAAUGUGAAUGUGUCUAAGAAUUAGUCUGAAUAGCAAUGUUAUCAAUUUAUAAAUAUAAUAUAUUUGCCUAUCUCAUAA